AUGCCUUUAACUCGUCCGAAUAUAACAAUUAUUCUUGCUUAUAUUGUUAUUGGAUUAACUUUAAGUGCAAUUAUAUUUGUUGUACUUUCUAUAAGUACGACUCAUUGGAUACAUACAAUUCGGAUGAGAGCUGGAUUUUGGAAACUUUGUCAUUUACAACCUUUGACAUGUUUUCAUUCUAUUGUGCGUUCUCCAGCUGCUUUAUCAUUAACAGGAUUAUUUUUAAUUGUUAUUGGUUUGAUAUCAACUUUCAUAUUUGAUAUUAUUGAUUAUCGUGUACCACCAUCUGUUCGAUUUAUUUCAUUAUUAUCUAUUUUUUCAUUGGGAUUGGGCACAUUUUUUUUUGUGAUGAGUUAUGUAGCAUUUUCUCGUAUAACUGCACAUUUUUGUUAUUCAUAUUAUUUAAUGAUCGUUGGCCAAUUGUUGUCAAUGGGUGCAGUGAUCGUAGCUAGUUAUUUAGAAGGGCGUCGAAAUGCAUUAGCAUCUACAUCGGUCAUAAUGAGUCGAUUGGUUGUGCGUAGACCUUGA